UCAUACGACGUCGUAUCCAGUCGUGCAAAGGCAAUCCCGUGUGUUUUGAAAUUUGGAAAGAGAAAACCGAGAGUUUCGACUUCACCUGCACUUCACUCCACUCCACUGUCGUUAUUUGUUCACUCUUUCCAUUUAUACCCCCAUUCCUCACCGUCAUGUAGAUCAGAAGAACCGCUUCUUUCUUCAUAAUCCUAAUUUUCUCGCUUCGUUGCUUUGUUUUCUCAGGGUUAGGACUCUAGAUGGAUACAACUAACGAAAUAAAGGGCGAUUAUGCUCCCAUCAGAGAUCCAGAGCACCCACAACUGGGAAGAUUUGACAAGCCACUUCCAUGUUUUGGCUGCGGUAUUGGAUGGUUCUCUUUUCUGCUAGGGUUUGUAUGCCCAUUGAUGUGGUAUUAUGCUACAAUUCUCUACUUUGGAAAUUACUAUCACAGGGAUCCAAGGGAGCGUGCUGGACUCGCUGCUUCUGCAAUUGCUGCUCUGAUCUGCACAAUUACUGUGGUGAUAACAAUAAUUGUCAUCUUCUUGUAACUUUACUUUCAACUAUCAACUAACCUGAAUGUAAUCAAUUAGCUGCGGGAAAAAGAAAAGAAAAUGAAAUGAAAAUAGCUUCUAAUAUCAACUUCUACAAGAGGAAAGCAAGGUAAUUCAUAUUGGCAUGGAAAGCUAGUUCAGUUCCUUUUUAUGGGGCUUAAAGCUCUGCUGCACCUUAUUAUAGGUGCGUGUCUGUAUACAAAGGAUGAUGUAACUAACUAGAUGUAUUUAUUUAUUUAAAAAGGUAGCUGAUUUUCAUUAAA